GAGACUAAUCACAGAUGGCGUUGACUUAGAUCGAAAUGUUAAUUCAAGCAAGACUUGCUGCCAUUAAUUUGCCUGUCCCUCGUGAGCGGUGGAAAUCGCACAGGACUGUUGAGUGCGUGUGAGGCAACGUGUGCAUUUCUUACAGGUUGUUCAGAUGUACUGACCUUGCUCCCAGUGCAUUAAUGAAACUACUCGUGACUUUCUGCGUCGGACUUUCCAGAGAGGAAACACAGAUUAGUCUGCGUGGGAAACCAGCGUGUAUCGUUUCCAGAAUUUCUCGGAAUUAAUAUCGCUGAAUCCGGGAUCACGUAUUGGCGUCUUGUGGAUCAUAUGGGGAGACUAUCAUUGGUUUGGUAAAAGCUGUAGUGAAAACGUGACUUCCUUGGCUGCGAUUGACCGUUGAGGUCGCUAUCCAUCAUUGGACUUACGAGCAUUCUCGACUUCACCGCCAAACGCAUUUGUUUUCUUCUUUCAACAAGCCUCGCAGUGCCAUUCCCAAACCAGGGACAAGAGUUGGUUUCUGAGGUGGCGAGGAGGGGAGAAGCGCACAGACAUGGACGACGAGUUGCAGGAUAUUUUGCUGAGGCUGGGCGGAGUCACAAGCUGGGACCAGUUAAGAGAAGCAGUGAGAGAUGCCGUAGGAAUCACAUUACAAAACACAGAAGACUUGGUGGUAUACCUGUCAGACAUUGCAACUGGAACAUUGGUUAGUCAGGAUGGCCUAGCUGGUGUGGUACACACGCUACCCAAGUCAGGCCUUGCAGGGAAAUGUGCUGAAGAGCAGCAUCUAAUUGUCGCCAAGGCGUUAGACAUUGAGGAUCCUCUCUGUGGCCUGCUACCCAGUGCAUCGCCCACGCUCCCGGAAAACAGAACAGUUGCUUGCAUCCCUGUGCUAGGGUCAGACAACGCCAGGCUGGUGGGCAUUAUUGCGGUUGUAUGUGAUGCUGUAUCAAGCAAUCAAGAAAAGAGACUAUCCCUGGUGGGAAGACAUAUUGCAGUGUGUGUUCAAAGACUUCACCAGAUGGCGACGCAGCAAAGGUUGCCGCCUGCCAGCACCACAACGCCAACUGCCUGUUCAGGGUCCCCUGACGGUGGGACGUGCAUGGGAUCGUCCUAUGACAAUGGCAUUCUACAGCUGUGUGCAGAGCUGCACGACAAUGACCCUGCAUCAAUGCAAACGAAGGUUGUUAAAUAUUUAGAGAGGCACACACAGUCAGAAUGCUGCGCGCUGUGGAUAGUGUCGUCGGAAGAUGCGACCGAAGUGUUUUGUCAGGUUUUGGGUAACAGGGUACUGGAGGAGGAAAUACGGAUCUUGAUACCACUGAGUUGUUUCAACACCGUGGUAACAGAGGAGAGAUCAAUCACACUGGACGAUAUCUCAGAGAACAGCAGAACAGAACUGGAACAGAAAAUGGACAUGAAGAUCAAGUCACUACUCUGUGUUCCCGUCAUCAACCAAGCCAGGUCAAAGGUUGUCGCCGUUGCCUGUUGUAUCAACAAAAUAGGAGCCCCAAGAUUUGGGCAAGCAGACGAGGAUGUAGUAAGACACUGUUUUCGCUACACAGUACCUGUCUUGACCAGCGUCAUGUCACUGCAAAAGGAGAGGCAACUCAAGCAGGAAACGCAGUCUAUGCUCCAAGUGGCCAAGAACCUCUUCACACAUCUAGAUGAUGUACGGAUAUUGUUGAGGGAAAUAAUGAUGGAAGCAAGGAACCUGACUCAGGCCGAGAGAUGUUCCUUGUUCCUGGUGGAGAACGAUGAACUCGUAGCCAAAGUAUUCGACGGCCAUGUCUUAGAUGAGAUGGGAGAGGUUCGGAUACCAAUCACUCAGGGCAUUGCUGGGCACGUAGCCACUACUGGCAAGAUCCUGAACAUCAAGGAUGCCUACUCGCACCCUCUCUUCUACCGCGGAGUGGACAACAGCACGGGCUUCAGGACCCGCAACAUCCUCUGCUUCCCCAUCAAGGAUCGCUCAAGUGAGUGUGCAGAAGGAGGCCAACCGGGCUGUCCCUCUGUGCUUCACAAGGACCCAUCACAGUUGAAAGACUGUUGGUGUGUUGGGGACGGUAAGCGCUGCUCCGAGCGUCAUGCCGUUGUUGGAAUUGCUGAGCUAUGCAAUAAAGUAAACGGUCUGUACUUUACGAAACAUGAUGAGGAGGUGGCCGCUGUAUUCUCAAUCUACUGUGGCAUCAGCAUUGUACAUAGUUUACUGUAUAAGAAGAUGAAGGAUGCGCAAUACCGCAGCAAGCUGGCCAAUGAGCUGAUGAUGUACCACAUGAAGGGUACAGAGGAGGACAUCAAGCCACUCUUGUCCAAGGAGUCGGUGCCUAAGCCCGAGUCCUUCCAUCCCCAGAUGGCAAGCUUCACCUACUCACCCAGGGGCAUCCCGGAUGAAGAGACCAUCCGCGCCACAUUGAGCAUGUUCUACGAUAUGGGCUUUGUGUAUCGGUACCGCAUCAGGCAUUCCACACUGGUCAACUUCUGCACGCUGGUCCGGCGAGGCUACCGGGACCCACCCUACCACAACUGGUACCAUGCCUUCUCCGUGGGCCACUUCUGCUUUCUCCUAUACAAGAAUCUCAACCAGCUCGAUAUGCUCAAGGAUAUUGAGGUCUUUGCACUUUUUGUGGCCUGCAUCUGCCAUGACCUGGACCACAGAGGAACCAAUAACAGCUUCCAGGUCCACUCGCAAUCAGUCUUGGCAGCCCUGUAUAGCUCAGAGGGAUCAGUCAUGGAGAGACACCACUUUGCUCAGGCUAUGUGCAUUCUGAACACUGAAGGCUGUAACAUUUUUGAGAACCUAUCCACAGAGGAUUACCAAACAGUCCUGGACCUGAUGCAAGACAUCAUCCUAGCCACCGAUCUGGCUCACCAUCUCCGCAUCAUCAAGGAACUCAAACAAAUGGCAGAAGAUGGCUACAAGGUAGAGGAUCCCCACUGCCACAAGUUACUGCUGUGUCUGCUCAUGACCAGCUGUGACUUGUCAGAUCAGACCAAGAACUGGCAAACCACAAAGAGAAUAGCGGAGCUCAUCUACAAAGAGUUCUUCACCCAAGGAGACUUGGAGAAGGCCAUGGGUAUGGAGACGCCUGAGAUGUAUGACCGAGAGAAAGCCUGCAUCCCUGAGCUGCAGAUCAAUUUCCUCAAUCACAUCGCUCUGCCAGUCUACCAGAUCCUGUCCAAGGUCAUUCCACAGUCCGGGCUGCUGGUGAAGGCAGUGGAUGCCAAUAAGACCAUGUGGCUGCGGCUGAAGCGGGAGAGUAGCCUGCGCAAGCUCAGCAGCGCCAACUCCAUCGACUUCUUUCAGAUCCCCUUCCGCAGCGAGAACGGGGCCGCGGAGUUUGGCAAGGGCCUCUCGGAGGAGACGGAAGAGGAGCUUGCCGAGGGAGAGGCGGAGCCAGGGAGGGGGUCAAAGGCAGGGGCUGUGGAGGACAUCAGCGAAAGGAAUAAUAACAACAAUCCGGGGCGGGACACCACUACCAAGUCCUCGUGACAGCGUAGAAGCACAGACUCAUUGGAACGGAACUCAGUGGAGUGGAACCCAUCUUGAUAUUUGCUUAUUUCAGUCAAGACACAACAGUGAUCCAGCCAUGACUUGCAAUCAAACAAGUUGGCCUUCAGCGAGACUCACAGCCCCAAUCUAGAGCAACUGCAUGCGGCCCGGGAGGUUCCAAUGUCUUAAUCUCAGGGUACACACUGCACAGUGGGUAUAGAUAUUGCACUUGUAGGUACAUAUACGUAUAGCACCUUGGAAUGUACAUUACUGGUGAUCGGGACAGCAUGAUGUUUCAGUUGAUAUGAUUUGUUUUAAUCUAGCAUGUUGGCACUGCACAACAUAGCAUGUUGUCAUGACUUUGACCUUCAGAAGUUGUGCUUAGCCAUGAAUAGACUCUCAAAAAUAAUUGGCAUUGUACAUGUUUAAGAGAUGGGGACCUUCAAAUGACUCAUCAGAAAACGUUUAAUUAAAAAGGAAUCAACAGAAACGCACAGAAUAAUAGCAAAUUGAAUAGAUCUCAGACAUGUUUCAGAGAGGUCGUGUGUUUUGUGAGUAAAGGCGUUUCACUUCACUAUGACAAUGUGUGCUUGUCCUCUUAUGACCUUUCAGGUUUAACGGUUUAUGCAUUAUAUUUGUGAAAUGUGUUAUAACUUUGGAUUUACAUGAUUGGUGUGAACAGGGCAGUAUUCAUUUUAUUUAGUGGUAUUUCACCUGUUGUUAUCACUUUAUUUGUGAGUAAUUAUAGGGCUUUUCAAAGUAAUCGUUGAGAGUAACUUUUUUCCAAUAUUUUUCUGUCAGAAACAGCAUGAUUUGGAAAUCUUUAUGCUAUCCUUAUGCCCGAGAGACAUUGCUAAAUGCGCUGUUUUAUUCCAUUUAGGAUUUUUUAGAACAUGGUAGCUAUGAUAACCUUUUUUCUCCUGCUUCAAGCAAAAUGAAAUGAACAGCAAAUAAAACAGAGUCAUUUGGUAUUGAUGUUUUAAACUGCUGAGGCAGAUUAAAAGUGACCGACAGAGAUGAGUCGACCACACGCCAAGAAACUGUUUUCGCUUACUGAAACAUUUGGAAUGAUGAAACAAUCCCCUUCAUGCAGCAAUAAUGAUAUACCUGAAGUUUAAGUUCCUGUGCAUAUUUAUACAUGAACCUUUAACUAGCCAGGUUUGCCCAGUUUAAAUGUCUAAAUUUUCGCCUGUUUCAGCGAUCCAGCAGUUUUCCAUUGUAGUUACAUUUGCCGUUGAUGUAUGAUGUGUUUUACCGAAACGAUUUCCAAGUGAAAAUCUGUCACCUGUGCCCUUUUGAGAGAAACCUUACAAUGAUACUACCGAAAUGAAGGCAUUGUGUAUUAUAAUGUAAAUACCUGUAAAAUCUUGUGUCAGAAUAUACAGUUAUGGGGAAAAAAAUAUAUCGUACUGUUGCCAUAAAAUGGUACUAUUUCCUUGUUUCACCGUCUUUUAUAUUAGAAGCUAGAACUUCUCAUUCUUUUGUAAAUGUGUGUGUUUAUUGUACAAGGCUAACUAGUUGACGUACAUGUAUCACCGGAAAUCUAGGAGAUAAAGGGACAAGUGGGUUGUGCGUGGUAGACCGACUUGAAUUAGAACCCGAAGUCCAAAAUGUUCUGGAAGAAUUGUUUUUCUCACAGCAGGCAUAAUCGACAGUUACCUCCGUGCACUUGCAACAUUUUCGAAACAUUUUAAAAGUAGCUUUGGGAAAGAAGGCACUGCGUGACUUGACAGAAUAUUCAAUGUUUAAAUUUGCAACAGAAACCUACUUGUAGAGCACAACAUUCUUCACUAAUUAUUUGUGAAUUAAAACAAACAAAACAAAGUGAGAUCUGUUAGUAACUUCCUAUGCAAGCAAUGGGAUGUGUGUAAUUUAAAAAUUCCGACGGAAUCCGGAAGGAAUUGUAUAGAGUAAAUACAGCAUUUCUAUUGAGAUAUGUUUGCAUUGCUUGUCUGUAGAUGGCUAGUGAAAGUUUAUUCGAGUAUACAUACCAUCUAAUUUGUACUGUCAGGUUCUGUAUGCUUCGUACAUUACCUCCGUGACAAUAACAAAAGGUCAUGUUUCCUAAAGGUUUCGAGUAAUUAACCGUAGCUUCGUCAUUUUCACAGAAAAAGUGGAAAGUUUGUAGUAAUCAAUUCAUUUCAAAAUGGAGGGGAAAUUGAAGUCAUAUAAACAAACAAACAAACAAACUAACUAACUAACAAAAACUAAGCCUGACAGCAGGGGGAAGGUUGAUAAACAUCCUAGCCAGUGUUAUACCUUGAUGGAAAGAAGAACAGAUUUGAUAGACUGCCUUUGUGUUCAUAAAAAAUGACAAAAACAAGUUAGUGACUUAAUUGUAAAUAGUUUAAAAGUCUGCUUUAUGAACUGAGAAGAUUCUAUUAUGACUUAUGGCGUUGAAGCAACUGAGCACAUUUUUGGGAGUUUGAUGAUUCAAUUUUACUGAUCAGUUGAAUGUUGAGAAGAGUUUACAUCGAGCAUGCCAUGUUCUGGUGACUUGUUUUAUAAAAAAACAUUGAGGUUCCUCUCUGAAAUAGAAUAAAUGUUCUCACACCUUAAAUUGAUAUCGCAGUGGUAUCAGACACUUAGUUUUUAAAUUUGAUGUGUUGAGAUUCGAGAUUGCAAUUUUGUUUCACAAGGAGUACUUCGCGAAGAGAGCUAGAAAAUUGUAGUGAUUACUGGGGAAAAAAAGAUGUCUGUGUGAAAGUAUGAAACAUGGCGUUAGCACAGAAUUAACCAAGUAUUUUGUUCUCUUAAAGUACAAUUGGAAACUAAUGUUCACCAGUUGCAUACUUUAUUAGAAAUACAUUGAAACAUUCAAAGGAUAUCUGAAGAAAUGUUUUUCGUUGUAAUAAUUGGUGUUAGUUGAAACACUACAAUUAUAAAGAGAUGUUAGGUCUGUAAUAAAUUCCUGCAAUACCGAACUGCUCAUUGAGGAAAACUUACAAAAGUACAUGUUUUAGGCAUAGUCAUAUGAAAAUUGUUUUAACAGGAUACUUGUGUGAAUUACAUAAAAUUUAACAAAGAUGAAAUGAUUCUGUCGAUGAUUAUGUACUAUUAAAAGAUGUUCUCUUUUAAGGCAAUAACAUAAUUUUUUAGUAUUAAAGAUACGUUUGGAAUUGUUGGUCACAGUGUUAUAUUGACCGCCCGUUUUGGAAUCUUGACUUUUCACUCUUUGUGAGAGAAAGCUGUUGACUUACUUCAACUCGGAUUGCAGGACAGUGCAUUAAUAGUAGGUACCUACCCUGCUUCUGCCUUCAACUUUGACCUUUUUUAUGGAAGUUGAUGAGAACUUGUUGCUUGGGUUUACUUUGAUGUAUUUGUGAUUCAAAUUAUCUGACCUGUCUUGUCGCUCAUCGUUUCAUGGAACAGGCUUCUUUCGCUGAAAUCGUUCAAGGGGGAACUUUUUUGCUGUAGAUUUCAACUUAGCUGUGACCGUUGCAAAAAUAUUUUAUUUUCCUGGAAUUCUUAAUGUUCUAUAAAGAGUCACCCUGCAGUCACUUUAUAUUUAAACGUUUUGUUACUUUCUACUUACCUUUGGCAGAAUUUCUGUUCAUUUUAUUAUGUUUGUAGAUAUUUUAGUGCAAAACCAGCUGCUUGAAAUGAUUUUUUUUUUAAAAUCAAGACACAACAUUUUCUGUACAUAAUGACCCUGUUUUGUUACGAAAAAAUUUAUGGUCGUGUAAUCUGAUUGAUUUAUUGAUUUGGGGUCGUUAUACAAUAGUGUGUGUUUCCUAGCGGGUCAAAUAUUAAGAGAUAUAUUGUUUUCUUAUAAAAAUCAUUUAUAUUUAUGGGUUGAAAUAAUAUUUUAUUUGCUUAUAAAUAUGUUUCCUUUUUAAAGAAACUAUUCUCGUGCAUUUUUUUGAGUAAGAAAGAGGGACAUAUUCAAAUAUGGUCCACUGAAAUUAAAAUGAAUAAAUGUCUUGUAGCUGGCCAGACAAACAAGCAUUAUUACUCAUUGUGGAGUUUCAAAGCUGCAGAGUAGUGCUUGACAUUAAAUGCCAUGUGUAUGGGGACAUCAAUUUGCCAUUGUUAGGCUGUUCAAUUCAGUAAGGUACGAUGCAAUUAAGUCCAUCCUGUCUGCCAUUUCUGAGGAAUUCUUAUGUAGGGUAUUCCAGUGUGCAAGAAAAACUUAAAAAGACUGCAAAAAUGUAGCUUAUACACAUUGAAACCUGCCAUAGAACCUGAUCCAGUCCUUUUCCAUUUAUUCCACUUAGUAGACCUCUGUCGUGGGGCAGCCAUCUUGCUUUUCUACCAUUUAAAGCAAUGUAACCAAGCUGAGGCUGGAUGGAAAAAUAGUCUGUUCCCUUUAUUCAAUGUGUGACGUUGUAUUAGUUUUGCCAAUGCGUCUACAGGGAACAAGACAAACAUGGCAGCAUCAUGACAAAAGUUUACAUUGAGAAAAAGCCUCUAGUCAUAAAGUUAUUGAAGUUAUUCACAGCUUACACACCUCAUGUAGGAUAAUAUCCUGUACAUAUUCUAUUCCACUGAUAGUACUAUUUGUAAAUGUUAGCUUUAUUUCCACUUCCCUACUGUACAAAUGAAACUGAGGCGUUGUUACUACGUGGUGUUUUAUUAUUGACUUGUUAAUAUUGAGAUAUAUCCUUAGAUGAAACAUUGUUCAGAUUUUUAUUAGACUGAUUGGCAGUUUGGGACGUUAUUUAUUCGAAUGUUAAAUACAAGCAUUUGGUGAAGACAGAAAAUGAA